GUUUGGCUGGCUCCGUGGCUGCUGGUGACAAUGCUUUUGGACUGGGUCAGCGUGCGCACCUUCCAACUCUUGCUCCCCCUGGUGGGUGAAUGGCAGGCGACACUGGGCUCGUCACUCGGUUCAUCUUACUAUGGCUGCCUGUUGUAUGGCUUGCUGUACAGCUUGACCUGUGUCAUUGCGUAUGCACCUGCAUCCGCCGCGGCGGCUGUAUCCUUCAGUGUCAAGCUGCAGCAGCAUGGCUUCAUGCUGAGCCAGCUGGAGGGCUUCGAUGUGCAUGAGGCAAAGUGUACCGUCAGUGCGGACAGGCCCAUUCUGGAAGCUGAAAUCGCUGCCGUCUACGAUGAGAUUGAUGACCUUCCCCUUAGCGUGGCCCUGGAUUCUACAGAGGAAGCAUGGCCACGGCUGACACCACCUGCAGCAGAGGGGGAACAGCUGUUGCAAGAAUCCAACGUGCUCAGAAGUGCAGCCGUGCGCUCUGUGACCAGCUAUCCGAGCGUGGCCGAAUGUCUAGAACUCUUUAACGCAGAUGUGCGAGGGCCGCUCAGGCGAGCUACCCUCCGCCACUGCGGCGGUGCAACAGAUUUGCCACUGGCCACCUGCAUGCAGGCAUUUCUCCCGUUUUGGUUAUUCCUGCUUUCUUCCAACUUUCUGUCGUACGAUGGGUACGGCUCUCUGCGGUCUGCCCUUAAAGCCGAGGGUUACCAGUCAGUGCUGCAGCUCUAUGCUGCUGAUUGUGUCUUUGUGCUCCUCUCGCUUGCAACUAUGCCAACAACUUUUCCGCUCUUGCUGAGAAUGCUCCAUUGGGGAUUUCAAAGCACGGCUUCGCUUGCGACCAGGAUAGUUGUCAUGUCCUUGGCGGCGGUUCUGCCUUUUACCUUCAGUUUUACGCUCCUGGGAGCCGCAUACGGUUGCUUCACAGGAAUGCUCAUCAAUGGCCCGAAGUUGUCCUGGUUAGUCCUCUUCAUUUUCCUUUGCGCCUUGUCGCUUUGCCCGUGGUACGCCAUCUACUUCCACGAUCGGCUAGCAACGCGCUUUAUCAUCCCGACAUCCU